CUCAUUUUUUAGACUUGAAUGCAAUACCCACACAAGUAAAAUUUAAAAUCAAAUCAUCAUCAAGAGUCUUCGACAUCAGUCUUGAUCUUGCCAUCAAUGUGGCCUCCAAAGUAGUUGUGUUGUUUUGCCUCGUUAAAUCCAUUCAAGUUCCAAGUUUAUAUCCAUCAAAUUCUGGCUUUUAAAUUCCCACAAAUCCCUUCAACGAUUUCAGUAACCCCCCCCCCCCCCAAACCGUGAGAAAAACGAUGGAAAACUUCAGAAAGCUUUCUGUGUAUUUUUUGUUACUGUGCUUCACAAGCAUGUCCUCCACGCUGGACAUAAUCACCCCAAGCCAGCCCCUUCGUGAUGGUCACAAUGAAAGUCUGGUUUCAGAAGGAGGAAUCUUUGAAGCUGGAUUCUUCAACCCUCAAAAUUCAAAGAGCCGUUACGUGGGAAUAUGGUACAAAAACAUUGCCCAGAGAACGGUCGUAUGGGUGGCCAACAGAGAGAAACCACUCCACGAUGCCUCAGGAGUUUUGCAGGUAGACAGUGAUAAAGGAAUUCUUAGAAUCUUGGACAGCAAAGGGUUUGAAGCUUGGUCCUCGAAUGCAUCAAAAAAGGCAGAGAACCCAGUUGUGCAGCUGUUGGAUUCAGGAAACCUCGUUCUGAGAGAGGAAAAGAACUUGAGCAGCAUAUUAUGGCAGAGCUUUGAUUAUCCAGGUGAUACUUUUCUCCCUGGAAUGAAAAUUAGAAGCAACAUAAGGACUGGUCAGCAUGUGGGAAUAACUUCUUGGAAAUCCUGGCAAGAUCCUACACCUGGUGACUUUUCUAUGCACAUAGAUACUAAAGGCCUUCCUCAGCUGGUUAUUACAAAUGGAAACAAAAGAAUAUACAGAGCAGGACCGUGGAAUGGGCUUGGUUUUACAGGUACACCUGAACUGAGAGAUAUCAAAUUCAUGAAAUUACUUUUUGAGCUAAAUGAAGAUGAAGUCUUCUAUGAAUACAAAAUCCUCAAUAAUUCAACUCUAAUGAGAAGCAGACUGUUGCCCGAAGGCUAUCCUUUACGUUUAACAUGGUCUUCUCAGAAAAAUGGAUGGGAAGUUAUCAUGCCCAGCCCGUCUGACCAGUGUGAAGGAUAUUCUUUCUGUGGUCCAAAUACGAACUGUAACGGCAAUGACCCUCGGAGUUGUAAGUGCUUGACCGGAUUCACAACAAACUCUUCUGGAGGGUGUUCCCGAGCAAUUCGACUUGAAUGUAGAAAGGGAGACAGCUUUCAAAAGUAUCAGCGAAUGAAAUUGCCAGACACAUCUUCUUCCUGGUACAACAAGACCAUGAGCUUAGGUGAAUGUGAAAAACUAUGUUUGAGAAGCUGCAAUUGCACCGCGUACUCUAGUUUGAAUAUCAGUGACCAAGGAAGUGGCUGCUUGCAUUGGUUUGAUAGCAUUGUCGACCUGAGAGAACUCAGAGAGGGAGGACAAGACUUUUAUAUACGAGUAUCUGUAUCAGACCAAGAUCUUACAGUGAAAAAUGGCAUGGACAAGAGGAAGCUUGCAGGAAUUGUGAUCGGCUGCUCUAUAUUAAUGAUGAGUACCCUAGUACUAGUCGGAUUGACCAUAUGGAUCAAGAAGAGGCUGUUGCAUCCAGGGAAAGCGAUUUAUCGGGAGGACAAGAGUGACAAAGAGGACAUUGAUUUACCAAUAUAUGAAUUUUCAACCAUUUCUAAUGCCACAAAUCAGUUUUCAGAGAGGAAUAAAUUGGGACAAGGCGGCUUUGGACCGGUGUACAAGGGUAUACUACAUGAUGGGCAAGAAAUUGCAGUAAAGAGGCUUUCCAAAACAUCGGGACAAGGAACGAACGAGUUUAAAAAUGAAGUCUUGUUGAUUGCAAAACUCCAACACCGCAAUCUUGUGAAGCUUCUUGGUUGUUCCAUUCAACAAGAAGAAAAGUUGUUGAUUUAUGAAUUCAUGCUUAACGGAAGCCUAGACUAUUUCAUUUUCAAUUCAAAAAAAACUAAGCUAUUAGAUUGGACUAAGCGAUUCCAUAUUAUUGACGGGAUUGCUCGGGGGCUCCUUUAUCUUCAUCAUGACUCAAGAUUGCGAAUUAUCCAUAGAGAUCUCAAAACUAGUAAUAUUCUUCUUGAUAAUAAUAUGAAUCCAAAAAUAUCAGACUUCGGUCUAGCUAGAAUUUUUGGAGGAGAUCAAACGGAGGCCAAUACAAAUAGAGUGAUGGGAACAUAUGGAUAUAUGCCUCCCGAAUAUGCAAUGCAUGGAUCUUUUUCUGACAAAUCUGAUGUCUUUAGCUUUGGAGUAAUUGUAUUGGAGAUAAUUAGUGGAAGAAAGAAUAGGGGAUUUUGUGAUCCACAUCAUCAUCUUAACCUGCUAGGGCAUGCGUGGAAAAUUUGGAUUGAAAAAAGACCAAUGGAUCUAAUGGAUGAACAACUACAAGAUUCAGUGGUUUCAUCGGAACUGUUGAGAUGUAUUCAGGUUGGCCUAUUAUGUGUGCAACAAAGACCAGAGGAUAGACCUAACAUGUCAACUGUGGUUUUGAUGUUGAAUGGGGAAAAGUUACUUCCUAACCCAAGCGAGCCUGGGUUCUAUAUUGGAAGGGAUAAUCAAACCCUGGCAGAUUCUACUAUAAGAAGUAGUGAAGAGUGUUCAAUUAAUGAGGCUUCCAACUCAACAUUAGAGCCAAGAUAGAACGCCAAAACCAGUUUAUUUGAAGCCUUCCAAAUGUCUCAAGGUCGCAUGUAAUACGAUUCAAAAUAAAUUUAUGUUCCAAAAGUUGAUGAAAAUGGACAUUUUCCAAUUUUUACUAUGGCCUUAUUUUGGUUGAUGAUAAUUUAGGAGUGUGAGCAAGGGUGUUCAAUUGAUGCUUAUAUGAUACUAGUCCAAUGAAUGUGAUAAAUGCAUCAUUUUCUAUGUUUA